AUGAGUACUUCUAAUGAGAAAUCAGAUCUGGAACCGAAAGAAAAACAGUCGGUUGUUGAUGAAAGCAAAGUGCAAAAGCAAUCGGCUAAUAACAGAUCAAGUGGCAGCAACAAAGGGGAAGUUGUAUCAGUGGUUGGUACUGAUCUUGAGCUUAAGGAGGCGCCACCUACAGCAGUACAACAGCCCAUGGCGCCAAAUGUUCAAGAAGCCACUUCUAGUUCAAAGCUGAUCGCUAGUUCAGACGAUCGGAAGGUUGAAAAGGAGAAGUCCUUGCUACCUGGGACUAAGCUGCUGCCACAGUGGUGUCAUAGGGGCCUCUCACAUUCCCAAAAGAGGAGGCUACAAAGGUUACAAAAACAAGAGUUGGGAGAAGCACAAGCUGAAAAGAGGCAGGCGACUUCGAGGAAGGCGGUGUUGGGGACUGAGGACGAGGUCGGCGUCAGGGAGGAGGACGAGAAUGGCAUCGGAGAGGAGGACGGCGAUGGCAGCAGGGAGGAGGAUGAUGACGUCGAGGAGGACGGGAAUGGCACCGGGCAGGAGGACAGCAACGACGGCGGGGAGGAGGAUGAUAGCGUCGAGGAGGACACAGACAGCGGGCACGGAUUCGUGGACCUCCGACGACGUGGGCUCCUCGGUGUCGGGAGGUGUUUAGGCGGACAUCACAGGAAACGGAAAAAAAUUUCAAAGUGUCAAAGGGUGCAGGGCGUCGAGCUAUUUUAUAAGUGA